AUGGCGCAGUGGAAGGUCAAUUUCGACGAUUUGGAUCUCGGGGAGCGAAUUGGCAAGGGUAAUUUUGGAGAGGUGUACAAGGGAACCUACUUGGGCACUGAUGUCGCCAUCAAGAAGCUCUUCUUUGUCGAUGACGAUUUCAUGCAGAAGUACAUCGAAAGAGAAAUGGACACACUCACGGGCCUUUCCCAUCCCAACAUCGUGCAGCUGAUGGGCCUCUGUAUCGAAACGGACGACAUGUACAUCAUUACUGAGUUCAUUACUGGCGGCGAUCUCCGGUCCAAGCUGAAGGACAAGUCAGUGGAGAUGGACUGGAAGCUGCGCGUGGAGGUGCUCAGGGAUAUCGCCCUCGCGAUGAACUACUUGCACUCCAAGAGCAUCAUGCACAGAGAUUUGAAGUCGCACAAUCUUCUGGUGGGUGAAAACUGGAAGGUGAAGGUGUGCGACUUUGGUCUUGCGCGCUCGGCUCCUACCGAGGGAGAGGAAGCCAACCACCUCAUGACCAUUGUCGGAACCAACGAGUGGAUGGCGCCCGAGGUUGCCAUGGGCGAGAGCUACGACAAGUCUGCCGACGUCUUCUCGUUUGGCAUGGUCAUCUACGAGCUGAUCACCCGCGACAAGCCUCCCAUGCGCAAGCUCAAGGACUGCUACGCUUUCAACGGCGACGACCACGCCGGCAACAUUCCGAGCGACACGCCCCCCGCGCUGUGGGAUCUGCUCCUUCUGUGCGCCGCUCGGGACCCGCAGGACAGGCCCGACUUCAAGAAGGUGGUCGAUUCCCUGAAGACCAUCCUCGAGAACCUCCCGGCCAAGGCCGUGAAGAAGUCGACCGACUCGGGCAAGAAGAAGUCGACGAAGAAGGCCGCCACCGCCGACAAGGAGGAGGACGGCGAGAAGAAGAAGAAAAAGAAGAAGAAGACCACCGCCGAGAGCGCCGAGAAGGAGGAGGAUGGCGAGAAGAAGAAGAAAAAGAAGAAGAAGACCACCACCGAGGGCGCCGAGAAGAAGGAGGAGGACGGCGAGAAGAAGAAGAAAAAGAAGAAGAAGACCACUACCGAGGGCGCUGAUGGCGAAAAGAAGAAGAAGAAGUCAACUAAGAAGGACGACGAGAAUGGCGAAAAGAAGAAGAAGAAGUCGACGAAGAAGGCCGAGUAA